CAGCCAUAUCUCUUUAUUUCAUUCAGCCUAUCGGUAUCCCCUGCCGCCCGAGGUAUUGUCACCUCAUAUCGUGUCAAAUUUGCGCGUUCUGGUUUAAGUACGAAGAAGUGCCUCAAACACUUCAUCAUUUCUACUAUGAGAGGCAAUUCCAUUCGGACCUCUUCGUGUAGGGAGAUUUUCAGAUAUGCAUCCAUGCUACAAGUCCCCAACGUCUCAGCUGCCUGGAUUCAACUCAAACGAUUAGGUUCCGGGACUAUUCCUCAUAGAAAUAGGCACCCGCCACCUCAUUAUGGGCUUAAACAAAGACCAAUACCGCAUCGCACAGUACAGCCAAUGGAAUGGUCGUCCCGACGUGCAGGGCGUGACCAUCCUGAGCUUCGUACGGGAGGUUCUGAACUCCCCCAAGCUCGGCACGGCGCUGUACAAAAACAACAACAACCUGCUCUGUAGGCCGAUAGACGCGCGCGCAGCUCCACGAGUAACUGUCGAGGAGACAAAGUUAUGGUGUGAGGCUGGCUGUCCGAGUGCCGACUUAAAGCCCUAUCCCUUGACCUCGCGCAAAACGGGGGCCACGGUCUUGGACCUCGUUGCCGAUGCGACCGAGCUGGGACAUGUCAUCAAGCAGAUUGGAUAUCUGAGCGACUCCAUAUUCUACGAGUGCGCCGACGUCCUGGAUCUAGAUUGAAAUGUGUUCAAGGUUUAUAUAUCACGCGAGGGUUCGCCUAGACUCCAGGAUGUAGAGUCAUUACCAGUAUUUCAUCC